AUGGAUCAGUCCUUCACUCUUUUCCCGGAGCUACCACCGGAACUCCGCCAGGAGAUAUGGCGCAUCUCUCUCACCCAAGAAUGGGAGUAUAGUAGCUUCAAACGCGUUGGUAGACAGAUCAAGCUAGUGGGUAGAAUCAACCAAAGCGUACCCAAGGCUUGCCGCGAGGCUAGAGACAUCAUGAAGAGCGCCCUCACGGAGGUCGAGGCGAAGUGGUCUACCAAGUACCACCACGGUGGCCUGUUCCACGGCUGGAUCAACUUUGACCGCCACCUGUUUUUCCUGCGCGACACCGAGGCCAACUUCCACCUGAUGAAGGACAUCCUCGAGAAGGGCAUGCUGGAACGGAUCCAGCACAUCGUCAUCAACCCGCACGGCUACUGGCACCUUUUUAUGACGGUGCGGGCGCUGCAGAAAUGGUGCACGUCGCUGCGUACGAUUGUGGUGGUGGCGCCUUGGCUCGACCGCACCCUCGUGGACACCCCGGACCAGGUGAACCCUUACGAGGACUGGGGCCCGCUAUUUCACACCUCGCCCACGGAACUCAACAUAGCGCCCUUGCUGAGCGCCAUCGACGCCCAAAAGCCAAACAACAUCUACAAGAAGGCGUGGGAUCAGGAGAAGCUGGAGAAGACGCUCGUGGGAUUUCCUAAUGGGACGCCGCUGCUUUUUAUGCGGACUAGGAAUGAUUUGCGCCUACCCAAGGUGAAAACAUCUGCAUUUUUCCCCUUAACACCAAAUCAAAUUCAAUAG